AAAGGUAGUUUGGCAUUCAUAAAGGAAGAGCAAGAAACUAAUGACGGAGAUGAUAAGAAACCUUAUCAAAGGACUUUAAGAGCCGGUAGCAUUGAUUCACGUACCAACACUGGACACACUCGUCCGGUCUCUGCAAUAUUUUCUAAUGAAAAUCCAAAACUUUCUGGUUAUAUCAAUCUUGGUUUUGAACCUCAAUCUUCAGUUAAACAAUCAAAGAAACUGAAUCGUCAAAGCUCUAAGGCUUUAUUGGGUACUCCAGAUUACCUUGCUCCAGAGUUGCUUCUUGGUAUCGGACACGCAACUGCGGUAGACUGGUGGUCACUUGGUGUAUGCCUUUUUGAAUUUUUAGUUGGGUAUCCGCCUUUUAAUAAUAGUACGCCUCAAGCGAUCUUUAGAAACAUUUUAAAUAAUGUUAUUGAAUGGCCACCAGAAGGUUUUUUAUCAUCAGAAGCCAAGGAUUUAAUUUCAAA